AUUUUUCUUUCCGAGAAAAUUCGAGAAAAAUAAUCUGGGACAAAAACCAUCGUUCAUUUCUUAUAGAGUGACUUGAGUGAGGGAAAAGCUUUCUACACGAAACUAGUCUCCAGCUUUUUGCUCUGUAUUUGUCCAGAUUUGUUUGUUGUUGAGGCCAACAUUUGAAGAUAUUUUCAAGAAAAUGGGAGUGAAAGUAGCAACAAGCUCCACCUUCCAUCAAUGGGUGGCUCAUCCUAUAGUUCAUCAUUCCUCUUCCCUUUCUCAAACCCUAGCUUCCUCCGCCGUUUCUUCUCCUUCAAGACGACGGAUCAUCGGAAACGACGGACGUUCUUCUCUGUCUUGUCGUUCCGUGAUGCAGAGCCAGAGGCUUAAUCCUUCUUCUCCCUUCGGCACUUCUUCGACAAAUCUCCGUCACUCCAAGUCCUGUGAGCUCUGGGAAUCAACAAAACGACCUAAAACACAGUUGAUUCGCAGAGCUUUUAGCGCAAACGUCGAUCCGUUUUCCGAGGAAGAGUUUGCGAAAAAGAUGCAGGAGCUAACUCUCAAAUUCCAAGUCUCUAACGAAGAAGAAGACAACGAAUCGGAUACACGCAUUGACGAUUACACUCGAAAGAUGGACAUAGUAGGAAGCCAUAAUAAUUUCAGGUCAGAUUCAAUGGAACCGCCAUGGCCAGAGAUGGUGCAAAUGUCAAACAUCGAGAGGAAAGCAAACAGUGUAGAUCUUCCUCUUUCGCUUAGGAUCAUAAAGAGAAAGUUACAGAUGGAGGAAGGAGUUUUAAACCAAGUCGGAGAAUCAGCUUGUUGCUCUGUUAAGAAAGCUUUCUCUUCAAUGGUGUUUAUGAUUAGAGAACUUCAAAGCUUUACGUUACACAUGAGAGAGCUUCUUCUCUUCGAAGAUUUGCAAGGAAUUCUUCAUCGUGUGAGAAAAGAAAUGCAAGCGUCGUUCGUUUGGUUGUUUCAACAAGUUUUCUCUGCUACUCCUACUUUGAUGGUCUCUGUUAUGAUCCUUCUCGCUAAUUUCACGGUUUACUCUAUUGAGAGCAACUCUGCUUUAGCCGCCGCCGUAAGUCCCCCGACAACCCUCUCUUUCAGCUUCGAAACGACGGCGGAGAUAAGUGAAACUCAAGAAACGAAUCAGAAAUUCGAUUCUUCAAUGGUUAAGACGUUCUCUGUUUCUUCUCCUUACGGGAAAACAUCUUUUGUCGGUGGUGGCGGCGGGAACAAUAUACCACCGCCGGUACAAAGCGGAACAGAUGGUGAUGGAUCUGAUCAGUUUAGAAAAUCUCAAUUCUCAUCAUCGUCUCUGGGUGCAACAAGUGCGGAUUCAGAUGUAUCUGUGUCAGGGCAAGAAGAGAUCAGACUGUGGAAUUCGAUAUUGGAGGAAACUGCGAAAAUGGAAACGUUGGAUCACGAGACGAUGAAGGGGAUGGUUUCUCCGGUGGAAGCUCGAUUAGAAGCAGAAGAAUCCAUGGAUUACUUCAAGACAGAGCUUCUUUACCAAACGGGAUUGUCUCAGGAGCCUGGAAACGUUCUCCUUCUUGCUAAUUACGCACAGUUUCUCUACCUUAUCAUUCAUGACUACGACAGGUUGGAGUCUUGCAAGUUGAUACUAACUGUCAGAAGUAGCCGUGGAAUGGUAGAUAUUUUAUUGCAAAUUAGGGAGCCAUAGAGAUAUUUUAAGCUAGAAAUUGUCAUAAUCAAAUCACCAUAAGAACCAAUCGGAUAGGCUUUAAAUUGAGUGAACCAGUUCUCUUUACCCCUUAAGAGAAAGAAGCCAACUAGUAAGUGAAUAUCUACAUCUUCCAUUUUCAGAAUAAAAUAGGGAAUAAUUUAAAAAUGUUGUCACUCACUAUAGGGAUUGAUAGUUCUCUUUCCCAAAGAGUUUGUCUUUUAGCCAGAGUCUUUUUUGGGGGUGGGUUCCCAACAAAGAAAAAAAUAAGCUUGGUUGAUGAUACUUGACAGUGGAGUAUGUGGUGUAAUUUUGAAGCUUGAGUCUUUAGACCAAUGUUACAUUAUUUCUUCAUCCACCAAUAGUGUUGUUAGGUAACAAUUCUCUAAAAUGGGUAAAACAGUGUUUUAGAUAUUUUGGUGAUCAGUCUCUUGAUAAUAUUUUGACAUUUUAGCUAAGCGGUUCCAUUUUAGACAGUUCCUCAUUUGAUACAUCUGUCACAUUCUAUAAACCAAAACCCAAUUCACUUACGUUUUCUCACUUACCCUUUUGGCCUUAUUCAAUCCAUAUCUUAUCUCUACUCUAUGUCUAUAUCUAACGUGGCUUCUUUUGGUUUGUUUGGUGAAAACAGAGCGGAAAAGUAUUUCAAGAGAGCAGCAAAAGCAGAGCCAGCGGACGCAGAGGCAUUGAACAAAUAUGCGACGUUUCUGUGGAGAGCGAGAAACGAUAUUUGGAGAGCGGAGGAAACCUACUUAGAAGCGAUCUCCGCUGAUCCAACAAACUCAGUCUACUCCGCAAACUACGCACAUUUCCUCUGGAACACCGGUGGUGAUGAAACGUGUUUUCCUCUCGACGCUCCAUCGCAACAGAACAACACCACAUGAAUAAAGAGUCACAACAAUUUGUGUAUGUACAGUGUGUUUUUUGCCUAUACAAAACUCAUGUCAUGUGGCAAACUUUUUUUUGUUUUUGUGAACCAAAGACUUUAGUUUAUAUAUGCACAUAUUUCGAGUUUUGAUUAAUUUUUUUUUUUAACAUACUCGGACUUGUUCUUUCGUGAACAAAA